AUGGUGGAGAACCCCAUCCCCUUCGCCGACUCCCUCGCCACCCGCGUCCGCACCACGGCGCUCCUGCACGCCCGCUACAUGGGGCUGCUGCUCGCGCCGCUGCAGCUGUCGGCUGACUGGUCGUUCGCGUGCAUCCCUCUGGUCGAGUCGUGGCGGGACCCCCGCAACCUGGCAGGCCUGGCCCUCUACCUGUGGCUGGCUUGGUGCGGCCUCAGCGCGCGGCCGGUUUCGUUGGUCAGAGGCGUCGCCGCGAUGGUGUCGGACGCAUUCGGCGGCGCCAGCGGCGCGGCGGCGCAGGCGCAACAGCCCGAGGAUGCGGUCGCUCGAAACGGGCUCACGCCCGCGACGGCCGCCGCGCGGUGGCGGCUGUUUGUGGUGGCGGGCCUGCUGGUGGGGCCGUAUUUCCCGGCUUCGAACGUCCUGUUCUACGUGGGCACCUUCAUCGGCGAGAGGCUCCUCUACAUGCCUUCCCUCGGCUACUGCCUGCUGCUUGCCCACCUGCUCGGCACCGCGCUGCCGCUCGGCUACGACGGCUCCAAAGACGCCGCCAGCACGGCCGCGCCGGCCCGCAGAGGUGCGGGCGGCAGGGGCCGGCUGCUGCUGCUGGCGCUGGUGGUGGCGCCGCUGCUGGCUUUCUACGGGGCACGCACCUGGCUGCGCAACGAGGACUGGCGGGACGAAGAGCGGCUGUUUGUGUCCGCGCUGGCGGUGUGCCCAAACAGUGCCAAGGUGCAGCUCAACAGCGGCAUCCUCAUGCGGCGGCACCAGCGCUUCGGCGACGCGCUGGCGCACUUCAGGCGCGCCAUGGAGAUCGAGCCGGGCUACUGCGAGCCAGACUACUGGAUCGGGAUCACGCUCAUGAACCAGGGCAAGGUCGAGGCGGGGGUAGCAAAGCUGAAGCGGGCGCUGAGCUGCAAGUACGUGGCAGCCGAGGCCAUCAAGGCCCUCAACCAGGUGUAUGCAAUGAUGCUCUCCGCCCAGCCGGGAGCCCCAGGGCCCCUGAUGGAGUGGGGCCGCAUUCUGGCCAGCCCCGCAGUAGUGCGCCCCAGCGAGGCCUGCUCCACACUGGAGGACGCCGCCGUGCUGUUUUCCGCGAUGCCAUCCCAGUCCGCCACGAAGAAGCGGGCCAAGGGCGCCGCCGUCGAUGCGGCGGCCAUGAUUGAUGCGUGCGUGAAGACGUGCGUGGAGGGCUUGAGCAACUUCACGGCGGGCGUUGUGCAGCCAAACAGUCUGCCGGCCACCACGGAGCACCUCGACGUGAUGCGUCGCACGCUGGACGCGCCGCUGCUGGCGCGCUGCGUCGAGGCGCGCGCGGACGUGUACAAGGCGAUCGCGCGCAGCGGGGUGGCCUCUAGAGCGGCACGGCGCGCCGUCUACCGGUACAUCAAGCAGGUGCAGGGGAUGCCCGGGUGCCGCAACGGCGCGGCGCUGUCGUUUGAGGGCCACGAGGGGGAGCCCACGCUGACUCACCAGAAGCUGCUGCACAAGUACCAGUCGCUCGACCCAGAGGACCCCUGGCUGCAGUGGGAGUGGGGCGAGACGCUGCUGGCAAUCGACCGCCGCGGCCGCCGCGCGCGCGAGGCCGCGCUGCACCUCGAGGUGGCCGCCGCGAUCCUGGGCCGCCUCCAUGGCCGCAUCGCCGCGCUCGAGGGCGGCGGCGGCGUCGAAGACGAGGAGGACGCAGCGCUGCGGCUGCGGGCGCGGGGCGGCGGCGGCGCGGGCCCGCCGCCUGGCAGCGGCGCGAGCCUGUCGUCGGCGUGGAAGAUAGAGGGCCUGGACGGCGGCAAGCUGGGGGCGGAGGCGGCGAUCGUCGCCGCGACGGGCCCGCUGCAGCGGCUGCUGGACAGCUUGGGGGCCGACGACGACGCAGAGGCGCGGGUCGGCCGUGGCAGCGGCGGCGGCGGCGGCCGCAGAGGCGGCGGCGGCGGCGAGGACGACGCGGCGCAGACGCUGCGGGUCCUGCGGUGCAACACGAUGAUGCGGCUGUGCCACAUGCAGCUGCAGCGCGUGGUGUACAUGCAGCGAGAGGGCGGGCCCGGCAAGCCGGCGGUGCUGACAGCCAAGGCUGCGGCACGGCGGUGUCUGGCGAAGAUGCAGGCGGACCGGAGUUGCGAGGCGCAGGUGGCUGAGCUGGCCAAGCUGCUGGGGCAGGCGGAGUUCUGA